AUGUCUGCAUACCCGGUGGCCUACAACGGCUCCGCCACGGGCACUGGUGGUGACUCGUUGACGGAGGACCUGAACAUCUAUUACAAUGCCGGUGAUAUUGCUUGGGUAGUAACUUCAUCCGCCCUCGUCUUGCUCAUGAUUCCCGGUGUUGGUUUCUUCUACUCCGGUCUCGCUCGUCGCAAGUCUGCCCUCUCUUUGAUAUGGCUGUCCAUCAUGUCGGUCGGUGUGGUUUCGUUCCAAUGGUUCUUCUGGGGUUACUCUUUGUCUUUCUCCCACACUGCUGGAAAGUUCAUCGGUGAUCUGUCCAACUUCGGUAUGAAGGAUGUUCUGGCGGCGCCAUCUGUUGGCAGCUCCAAGGUCCCGGAUAUCCUGUUUGCCAUCUUCCAGGGCAUGUUCGCUGCUAUUACUGUUGCUCUCGCCGUCGGUGCCGUUGCUGAGCGUGGUCGCAUGCUGCCCUGCAUCAUCUUCAUGUUCAUCUGGACUACCGUUAUCUACGAUCCCAUUGCUUGCUGGACCUGGAAUGCUUCCGGUUGGGUCUUCAAGCUGGGUGGUCUCGACUUCGCCGGUGGUACUCCCGUCCACAUCGCUUCCGGUUCCGCUGCUCUGGCUUACUCCCUGAUGCUGGGCAAGCGUCGCGGCCACGGCACUCACGAGCUCAACUACCGUCCUCACAACGUCACUCACGUCGUUAUUGGAACUGUCUUCCUCUGGGUUGGAUGGUUCGGCUUCAACGCUGGUUCCGCCCUGUCCGCUAACCUGCGCGCUGUCAUGGCUGCCGUCGUGACUAACCUCGCUGCCUCCGUUGGUGGUGUUACCUGGUGCUUGCUCGACUACCGUCUGGAGCGCAAGUGGUCUACUGUCGGUUUCUGCUCCGGUGUUAUCGCCGGUCUGGUCGCCAUUACUCCUGGCUCUGGCUUCGUUACUCCCUGGGCUGCCUUCAUCUUCGGUGUUGUCGGUGCCAUUGCCUGCAACUACGCCACCAAGCUGAAGUUCCUGCUCCGCGUUGAUGAUGCCCUGGAUAUCUUCGCUGUCCACGCCGUUGGCGGUCUGGUCGGCAACCUGCUCACCGGUCUCUUUGCUGCUGACUACAUUGCGCACCUCGACGGCGUCACCGAGAUCCCCGGUGGCUGGAUCAACCACAACUACAUUCAGCUCGGUUACCAGCUUGCUGACUCCGUCACUGGAUUUGCCUACUCCUUUGUUGGAACCUGCAUUAUCCUGUUCAUCAUGAACCUCAUUCCCGGUCUUAGCCUGCGUGCUCCUGAGGAGGAUGAGAUCCUGGGUAUCGAUGAUGCCGAGAUUGGCGAGUUUGCCUAUGACUACGUCGAGGUUACUCGCGACAUUGUCAACGGCGUUGAGAGCAGCGAUGCUGGCUCCAAGCGUACCAUGACUCCCACUGGAGAGCAAACUACCACCAUUGACACCAAGGCUUGA